AUUAACCCUUUACUUUUCUUCUCCCAUAUCCUCUUUACAUGUGUGAUUCAAAUGGAGGGCAAAGUGAGAAAUGUCACUUUCAGGGCAACUGUGACCUCUAGUUUAUUUGGUGGAUAUGUGGCUGGACCACAUUGAUUUUUAACUUUUUGAGGGGCAACUGAUAAGAAAGGGCUUCCUUUUUGAACAAGCUGCUGUCUUUGCUCUGUUUUUGGGGAAAGGAGGAUGAAUUUGGUGUUAUGUUGUGGUGGCUAUUUGCCUAAUAUAAAGAUGAGAGUGCCUAUUUGUAGAGCUCUGAAGCCCUCUGAUUCAGCUUUGAGUUCUCUUCGUGAGACAGGUGGAUCAAGGUUGCAGGUGCUGGAGCAAGUUGACGAGGAGCUGAGGAGGGGAGAUGAUAGGGCUGCUCUUUCUCUGGUGAAGGGCCUGCAAGGGAAGCCUGAGGGUCUUAGGUGCUUUGGAGCAGCAAGGCAGGUGCCCCAAAGACUUUACAGCUUAGAUGAGCUGAAGUUGAAUGGAAUCGAUACAUCCUCUUUUCUAUCACCUGUUGAUUUCACUCUGGGUUCAAUCGAGAGAAAUCUUCAGUUUGCCGCACUUCUAGGAGGCUUUUCAGCAUGGGUUGCAUUUGGUUUUUCGCCAGCACAGAUUCUGUACAUUUCAUUAGGUCUACUGUUUCUGUGGUCUGUAGACUUGGUCUCUUUUAAUGGAGGUCUGAGGAAUUUGUUGCUUGAUACCAUUGGUCAUUCAUUCAGUCAAAAGUAUCACAACAGAGUUGUUCAGCAUGAAGCUGGUCACUUCUUAAUAGCAUACUUGCUUGGUGUACUCCCAAAGGGAUAUACAUUGACUAGCUGGGAAGCUUUGAUUAAGGAAGGAUCACUUAAUGUGCAAGCAGGGACUACUUUUGUGGAUUUCGAGUUCCUUGAGGAAAUUGACACCGGAAAAGUAUCUGCGAAGAUGCUGAAUAGGUUCUCAUGCAUAGCACUGGCUGGUGUAGCAACAGAGUAUCUUUUAUAUGGGUACUCUGAAGGAGGGCUUGCCGACAUUGGUAAGUUGGAUGGGUUGCUGAAGAGCUUAGGGUUUACACAAAAAAAAGCUGAUUCACAGGUUAGAUGGGCUGUGCUGAACACCAUUCUAUUACUGCGCCGACAUGAAAGAGCUAGAUUACAGCUAGCGGAGGCAAUGUCUUCAGGAAUGUCUGUUGGUUCUUGCAUUGGAGUAAUAGAAAUGAACAUUGACUCUGCCGAUGUUGAGAUGCAGGUUGGUGGAGAAUAGCCACGACCUAUCUCAACCAAAAAAAAAAAAAAAAAAAAACGAGAUAAUGGUGAGGAGCACACUUGCCCGUUACUUGUAUUGCAUUGGAAUGAUCUUUUUGAUUGUGCUGUAGUGUAGUACAAUCUACUUGCUGUGGGAAACCCUGCCAGAUUAGUUUCAUUUGAUGCUUGUUCAACUAUAACAAGCCCGAGUAAAAGGGAAGAUAUAUUGCGAAAGAAGGAUUGUCAACCCAGCGCUGGAAGUUCGCACACCUGUUUACGGAGAGCAUCUUACUACCAGCAUAUGCUACUACAAGCAUAAAGGCUUUUAGAUUAGAAUUCUGCGGAAAUAAUUCUUUUCUAAACUGUUGCUGGUUUAUACUACACGAAUUGUUCUGACCUCGAGUCUUCUUUCUUGAUAUUGUCCCAGAUUUUACUGCGAUUAUUACGAUGCUUCUAUCAUGCACGCUGGUACGCACUUCAUUAUAAUUUUCUAUUGUUUCUUUGUUUC